AUGAUCUGUUUCAGUCUCUCUGUUUAUAUCUCUCUGUUUCUAUCUAUCUAUGUAUCUAAGUCUAUUCAUAUCUAUCUAUCUCAGUCUGUUUAUAUAUAUAUAUAUCUAUCUAUCUAUUUGUCUCAGUCUCUUUAUAUCUAUCUAUCACUGUUUAUAUCUAUCAAUCUCAGUCUUUUUAUGUCUAUCUCUCAGUCUGUUUAUAUCUAUCUAUAUGUUUGUCUCAGUCUCUUUAUAUCUAUCACUGUUUAUAUCUUUCACAGUCUCUUUAUAUCUAUCUAUAUAUACAUCUCAGUCUCUAAGAUCUAUCACUGUUUAUAUUUAUCUAUCUCAGUCUGUUUAUAUCUAUCUGUUUAUAUCUAUCUCAUAUUUUCAUAUCUAUCUCAGUCUUUUCCUAUCUAUCUAUCUAUCUAUCUAUCUAUCUAUCUAUCUAUCUAUCUAUCUAUCUAUCUAUCUUAA